GUGUCUCGUACACUGUAUUAUAAUUUAUUGAAGAAAGUGUCUCGUACAUUGUAUUAUAAUUUAUUGAAGAAAGUGUCUCGUACAUUGUAUUAUAAUUUAUUGAAGAAAGUGUCUCGUACACUGUAUUAUAAUUUAUUGAAGAAAGUGUCUCGUACACUGUAUUAUAAUUUAUUGAAGAAAGUGUCUCGUACAUUGUAUUAUAAUUUAUUGAAGAAAGUGUCUCGUACAUUGUAU